ACGCACGUGGAUUCUAUGAAGAGAGCUCGUGUAAGUUCGGUGUAUGAAGGUAAAGAGAGGAAUAGAUCAAGAAAGGGAGAGGAAACUCGAAGGGAUCAAUCAAAACAUGCGAGGAUGACCGCGAAAGCUCGAAUGAGUGUUCAUAAAGAGAGCAUGAAAUCUCUGCCGCCCAAACACAAGAAAUCGUUGGUGAUCAUGAAGUCGAUGAGAAAGAAGGAAGAGACACAAAAAUAUCAAAAUAAAGUUAUUGUUAGUGCUGUAGAAAAGGAAAAGGAGGAGAAAGAUAAAGGUGCGACGGAGAUUAUGGAGGAAGAGAUGGAAAUGCCUAAUUCAAAGUUGGUUGAGGAUUGGCCGAAGAUAUUAACAUAUGAAGAGGAGUGGACAUGGUUUGCGUUUGCGUUUGGGUGGGGAUGGUGGCGGCGUUAUGAUGCCGUGAUGAGCGGUGAGAGUUGGUUUAAUUAAAUUAUAAAGAUUAUGUGUUGGUGAAAUUAUACAUAGAUAAUAGUUGAUAGGAGUUUUGAAGAACUAAAAAGCUAAGAUAAGAUAUUGAAAAAUCAAUUUAUAUCAACCGAAACCACAAUGUAUCUUUAGAGACUUCAGUUUGGUCUAUGCUUUAUAUACAGUUCUUAUGAUA